CCACCCCUUCCUAUCCUUAAAGAAGCGCACCAGGGCGCGUCAUGCAAUUUUUUAACAAAGGGUGUGCAUCUUUAAAUAAACUGCUCCCUAACUGUUAUUCUCCAUGGCUUCACUGACAAACACCUUGUUGGCCGCACCUAGGGCAAGUCAGAGGCUCAGACUUAGCCAGGCUGGAAAGGUCUGGCGUUGGUAAUGCUGGGUACAGUCACGCAUGGGGGAGUCGUGCCUAGGCUGUGGGGAGACUGCCUGGAGAAGGGGGCAUUUGUAGAUGCAGGGUGAAGGUAGAAGAUGAGUUAAGGAGAGAGUGGGGAAGGCUGGAGCAGGACAGAGUGUAGAUUUGGAAUAAACAGUCUAGACUCCUGUGGCCAGUAUGGAAGCGGGGAAGACUCCCCUAAAGGAGAAGAGGAUUUGGACAGAACAAAGGCAUUGAAGGCCAGCUGAGGAGAGUUAAACUGUUAGGCCAGUGGCUUUGGGUUUUCAAUUUUUUCUUCCCUCCACCCCCCACACACUACAUUUUGCCUCCGGGACUCAUGAAAUCUGUUUAUUCCUCCCCUAAAAAGCACUGGAACAAAUACACCAAAAAUCUUACAUAUGGAUUUACAAAGGUUUCCAUCUUUUGAAAGCCCCUUCCUGCUCCUAGCCUAAGGAUAGUGCCAUCACCUGAACAUCAUUGAACAUACACUGUUAAUGCAGCUAAUGAAGAAUGUAAUUUGAAAUGCUUGGGAAGGUGUCAUGCUCUGCACCCAGUUGUGUGUGUGGGUUUCUACCACACGAAGCAGUGCGAGAUAUUCCAAGAAUACUUUCGGAAGAGCGCAUUCCACGGAUGAUAGAGCUGGCCGAAAGCACGAACCCACUAAUGCAUUUGAUUACACUUCUGAUACCUCGAGCCCUGGCAAGCUGGAUGAAAAUGAGAAAGAUGAAGAACCUUAUGAAACCUUUGACCCUCCUCUACACAGCACUGCUAUAUAUGCUGAUGAAGAAGAAUUCUGCGGACCAUCUGUUCCUUCAACUCCUCAAGGAAAAGAAGCAAAAAGAAGCUCAGACACUUUUGAAACUGAAACAAGUGAAAACGAGCCUGUAAAAUUUCAUGCAGGAAAGCCAAGAAGAAAACUCAAGCCCAUUAGUGAUGAAUCUGAAAGCGACGAAGAAACUGAUGUAAGAAGAAAAGUCAAACCAGGAAAGAAAAUAAGUUCACAACAUGAAGCUGCACCAGCUACAGCAGCGUCAGAACUUCCAGAGAAACCACCUGAAUCACUUACUCAUCUACAGAGAGGAGCCCCUAGCGCCGAGUCCUCUGUUGAAAGAGAGACCCUGGCAAGAGAAAAUCAGCCGGAAAUUCAGAAAAAGGAGCUGUCUCGUGGCAAAAAGAAGAGAAAAAAUGGAGACUCAGAUACUUCUGACUAUGUACAUAUUUGGUGUCCGAAAGGAAAGAAAACAAGUGACAUCAUGGAGUUAGAUGUUGUUCUGUCUGCAUUUGAAACAGUCUUCUUAGAAUAUAAACAAAAAAUAGAAUCUAAAAUUUUAAAGGAUGCCAUCGAUAAAUUUCAUUCUAAUAUUAAAGAAGAACUCAUCAAAAUGCUUAAAGAAGUCCAGAUGGUAAAAACUCUGAAAAGGAAGAAUGCUAAGAUAAUUUCAGAUACUGAAAAGAAAAGGCAGCGCUUGAUUGAAAUCCAGGAUGAACUGCUUCGGUUAGAACCACAGCUGAAACAACUACAAACAAAACAUGAUGAACUUAAGGAGAAAAAAACUUCCUUGAAAGCAGCAAAUUUCUUAUCUAAUUUAAAACAACUUCAUCAAGAUUAUUCAGAUAUUCAAGAGAAAAAACCAGGUGUAAAGGAAACGUAUGAUUUAUCCAGCCUUCCAGCUAUGUUAUGUAAAGCAAGAACCCUUUUGGGAGCUGAAAACCAUCUGCAAAGUAUCAACCAUCAAUUAGAGAAGCUCCUUGACCAGCAAUGAAUCUACUAAAAGGUGCCUGUAUGAAGAUUAGACUCAUGCUCCUGUCUGUUGUCUUCUGAAACUGCACUUUUGAAAGGGGAGAUAGGUUUCUCCUCAUCAUUCAAAUUAACUGAUCAUACCUAAUGUUCAUAGUUAUUUGUUUAUAGAGUAGUAAUAAUUAUCUUUCCUGGUUAGUGUCUCCAAACAUAUAACAACUUGGCUUAAAAAUUUCAUUCCUUACUGAAGUACACUGAAGCAAGUUUUCUGUAAAACCUAAGAUGUAGAAAUUAAAAUGUUGCUUUAAACCUGUUUAUUAAGAAGUUAAUGUGUGCCUUCAGGCAAAUUAAUUACCUGGUUCUAUAAGUGUCCAUGGUUAAUUAGCUACUCUUUUCAUCUUGUAAUACUUCUAUAAUUAGUUCAUCAGGAAUUUCAUCCAUGCCACUAUUAUAACUGAGAAGACUGCCCUCUGCAGCUUCAGCUAGUUCAGCGUCUUCAGUGGCUUCCAAAAAAUAAGUAUCAUCAGUGUCAUCAUUCCAAUUGGCAUCAGAAGAUAUCUCUGUUGACAAUGUACUAGAUGGUUUAUGAAGGUUCUUGGCUUCACUGUUUGUUAUUUGAUCUGUCAUCAACUCUUCUUCCUUUAUACCCAAAGGGGAAGGUAAGCAAGAGUCUCAUAAGAAAAUACAGGUUAUUCAAUGUGAUAAUUUCAUUAUAUACUCAAGGUAUUAUACCUAGAUUGUACCAAUCAACAUAGGAAUAUGAGUUCAUUUAUUUAUACGUUACUGCCAUUAUAGCUCAGAUAGCCCUGAAACUCCAAAUUUGUAUAUACCAGUAGUUCCUGUGGUACAUUCUUUCAUAUGUGACUGCAUGUGUAUGUAUGUAUAUAUGUGCAUAUAUAUAAAAUAGCACACGUAAUACAAAUUCUGUUAAGAUGUAUACCAAAACAUCUACAUUGGUUAAGAGAAAAAUGUGUUUGGCAAGCUGGUGGUUAUCUACCAAAAUUUAAAAUACAUAUACUCUGAUACAUUUCUUCUUACAGAUACAGUUGUUUAAAGAAACAGGGUAUUUUGGUACACUAUGUAAAGGGAAAAAAUGAGAAACUUCUUAAAUGUUUGUGACAGUUUAAGUAGGUAUCAACAGUUUUUUCUACAGUGAAAGAAUGAGGUAUGUAUUAUGUGCUGAGUCACUACAUUGUAUUUCUAAGUGAAAACAACAUGUGCCAGUGUGUUUAAAACCUAUCUGAGCUCAGUAGACACCCUAUUUCUACUUCAUAUAUACUGUACCAAGUAACAAGAAAAAAAACUGCACUUACCUCUCUAAGGAGAAACAGCAAAGAAACUUCAGCAGGUAACGGAAAACCUGGGUCAGAAAUAUAGUAAAACUAUAAUAAUUAUAUUUAUCACAAAGUAAAAAUUAGGUAACAAAAAUUAAUAACUCACACUCAGAUUUGAAGUUUUCUGCUUUGCAUACAGGGUCGUGACAUUUUUGAUACCAAAUUUCAUUUUUCAAAUCAACUAAAAUCCUUUAUGUAAAAAAAGAAAAAUAUUUGUUAAUAACCCACUGGGUAGAAAACAAAAUCUAGUUAUGUGCUGUUUACAAGAGAUAGGCUUAAGAUUUAGAGAAAAGAUACAAAGUAGAAGGAUGGAAAUAGAUAACAACUAAAAGUAAACUGUGGCUGUCAAAAAAUAUCACACAAAAUGGACUUCAGACAUUGAUAAACGUUACUUGCAGGAUGGCAUAAUUCUCAGCCUGUAGCCACCAAAUAAGAUAGCUUUCCUCUUAUGUGUUUUGAAGCUAACAGAAUCUCAAGGAAAAACAAAUCUACCAUAAAUAUUUUAAAAAAUUCUUUGUAAAUGAUAAAAUAACCACAAAAAAUUCCAUAAAGGGUGUGGAAAAUUCAACACAAGUAAAAAGCAAUGAGCAAGUUUGAUAAUCAGUAUAUAAAAAUAGUGCUUCAGAUAAUUAGAAGCAGUUCUUCAAUCACAUACAGAAUUAUAAAAACUGACUGCUAGCUCUACAAUGUGAUUCUCAUCAAAUAUUUAGUUCACACAACACAUUCUCCGACUACAAAAGAAAUUACAUGAAAAUUAAAAACUAAUUUUAAAUAACCAAUGGCUCAAGGAAAAAUCAUAAUAGAAAUUAGAAAAUCCUAAGGAUGGACUAGAUAAUACACAUUAAAAUAUGUCAGAUUGAGCUUAAAUCAUCCUUAGGGGAAAAUUUAGACUCUUAAGGACUUAACAAAAAAAUAGCAAAGACGAAGGAGGGUGGCAGUGUUCUUUCUGACUCAAGGAUUUAAGAGGUUAUACAAUACUCAAAAGGGGACAUAUCCCAUCCACAACAAUUACAUGUAAGAGUGAAAUAAAAAUAUUUUCUUUUAUGUUCAACUUACUGUUGAUCCAAAAAGCUACUAAUCUGUUAUGACAAUACUUAUUAAAUUGACUGAAACUAAUUAAUAAACAUAACUAUUAGCUGUUUAUUUUCCAGCUUCAGAGCCAUGUGGAAAAACUACAGGUACCACAAGCAAAGUCUGGGAAACUCUGAACCAAUAAUUGCUUGGAGGAAAGUCCUUAUCUACAGAGUGCUCUCUGCAGGCUUUUUCUGAUUCCUGCAUACAGGAAAUAAACCCAGUGCUUAUUUAAUAAGGCUACGGUUCCCUGGAAUUGCCGCACAUGCUAUGUAAUUUUGAGUUCAAACAGUAGAUGUUUCAUAACCUCAUCACUUCCCUGCUGGGUAUGGUCCUGCUCACUCUGCCUCAGCUUUCCUCCUGCGUCAGGAAAGGCACGCGGAAAGGACCUAUCAACCAUGCUGCAUGUCUCAGGCCUUGUGACUUCUGAUUUCUUGUAUCUUUAAAAUUACUAGUAAAGCUAAAACUAAAUCUAUUAUAAAAACAUUUUUACAUUCUCAAUUUCAUUUAAAAUUAUGAACAUUUAAAUGAUAAUGGUUAGAUAUAAAAAACUUAUUGAUGAACAGUAUUUCUCACAUGAUAUUGUUACUCUUGUGGGCUCUUCCAAUGUUUUCGCACCAGCGAUAUUUACAAAUAUCAUAAACCAGUAAUUCUUCUGGGAAAAAGUAGUUCCAACGCCGAAUUCCUGGAAUGUAAAUAAUGUUUCUAAAUGUGUUAUCACCAUAUCAUAUAACAGUUAAUAUUAAGAUAUCUUUACCUCCUUUAAUGCCAUUUUUAUUCACCAAAGAACGAACAAAGUGAUCAAUUUCAGGGUAGGGUGAACACUGAAAACCUUCAAUGGUUUCCACUGCAACAGAAACAAAAAUUAUAAAUUAUAACAGCUUAAAGUUGAGCUAAAUUCAGAUUAAACUAGUAUUUAGUACAAUAUGGGUUUAUAACCACCUAGUUUUUAUUCCCUUUUUUGCAAUUUGCCUACUAGUACAUGGGUCCCUGUACCUACAGGGAAGUAGGUAAAAUGCAAAUCUCUCGAAUAACUAAUUUUCAUAAAAUGCAAUUAAAUCCUUUCAAUCCAAUCAAAUUCUCUCAGCCCCUUAUAUCCAGGAGCUGGCUUAGUACUAUUAGCUAGGCCUUGGUAUUGCUGCAAACCGACUGGGUAUACUUGCAGCCCAGCCCUGCUAACCUGUUAAUCAUAAACUAUUUCACACAACUUCACUGUCACUUAAGGCCAUUCUAUGGCCAUGAUGACUCAAGAGAAAACAACGCCACCCUAAUCAUGUCUGAACACAGACCAAACAUGAACAAUUUCCAAACCACUAAAAUAACCAAAUUCUUCCCUCCCUAUCCUAACAAAAGUAACUGCUGCUUCCUUUACCAAUUAUAGCUUUAGUCUCCUUAUCUUCUUCCUUCUAGAUGAGAUUUUUCAAGAUAAUUCAUUUGUCAGAAUUAGAUUAGUCAGACUUAGAAUUAUCCCUGACUAUACCCAAUUCAAAACAAAGCAACAUUUCCUUGGACUCUCCUCAAAAUCACAUAAGUCUGAAUCCUUUAAGUCUUCUUCUAACACCCUUUUACUGAGAUGCCCCACAGUUCCCUUGGGUCUGUUUUCUUUUUCACUGUAACCAGUAAUUCAGUUUGCUCAAGACUGGUGUGUUCCCUGGUAGCCUUCAGCUAUAGGGCAAUAACUCAAUUAUAUUUUGUACUUAGAAUCAACUGUAAGAAUUAAUUAGAAUACCUUUUUUAAAAUCUCAGUUUUUAAAGAUAGAAUCUAGUUUUCUUAAAGCUUAUAUUUCACUUACAAAAUAAAUAUGAUUAGAACAGUUUUACUAAAUAAAGUAGAAGUGAGAGAAACUUAAAGCUCUGCCUUGAAAAAACUGUUUAAACAACCAGAAGAAAAUAAACAUAAUACCCAUUUUUUUAACAAACUUGUGAUCAUAUCACACAUAAUUUGAGUCUACUAUAAAUUUUAUUUUUUAAGAACCCACGUACAGGCCAGAUAUGUGGGAGGGUGAGAAGAUUCACCAGAGACAGCAGGGAGUAGAACCGGCAGACGGACCGAAAAUCACUGCUGGGGGAAGCAGCGGGUGAGUCAGGAGAGGUCUGCCGCGCCAUGUGGGAUUCUCUCCGGCCAGCUGGAAUAGAACCCGCACUGCAGAGGCUGCGGACAGCUUCACAGUGCUGCGCUCAACCAACUGCGCCACCAGGGAGGCCCUACUAUAAAUUUAAAGGCUACAAGAGUAUUUUAUAGUGUGAUCAAUUCCAUUCUGUCGUACAUUUCAGAUUGCAGCUUUUUCACUGUUACAAUGACAGACCAAAAUCUGUUUACAAAAAAUGGUUUCUGGACAGUUUACAUAUAAAAUCUUAGAAAAUAACCUGCAAGAUCACUGUAGGAAUGAAACAGGUUUCAUGAAAAACUGCAGCCAUUACAAGAACUAGGUAUCUCCAUAGAAAAGAAAUAUAAAAAAUUCUGUUAAGUGAAAUAGGAAAUAAUGUGUUAUCCAUCUCUAACAGGGGACAAGGGAGAAAGAGGAACUUUUAGUUUUUUUUAAAUCUUAAUAGGUGUUCAAAACAAAUCUACAUUUUUGUACUAUUUUGAAAAACACCAUAUAAAAAAAUUAAUAAGCUUUAAUAUAAUUUUAUAGCAUUUCAUUUUGGACAGAAACUUAGUUCAAAAGUAUAGACAGGAGGGCCUCCCUGGUGGCAUAAGGGGCUGAGUCUUAGCACUAGCAAGCUAUCUGCAGCCACUGCAGCAUGAGCUUGAUCCCUGGCCAGGGAGCUAACCCACACGGUGCAGCAGACUUCUCCUAUCUCACCACUGCUCCCCUCAGCAGUGUAUUUCAGUAGAUCUGCCUGUUCUGCUCCCCACCUCUGGCCUAUACCCCUGCUCUUAUAUGCAUAAAUAAAUAAAUUUAAAAAAAAAAAUAAAAAAGAAUAGGGCCUCCCUGGUGGUGCAGGUGGUCCA